UUAGCUUCGACUUUAGUUCGAUUUCAUUUGAUCGGCGCUGCGGUUGUGUUGCGUAUUAUAUCCGAGGCGAAAUGAAGGUGUUGCUGUGGCUAUCGGCUGUCGCGUGCCUCCUUGUGGCUGGCACUGAAGCCGCCUCCAAUCUGGUCUGCUACUAUGACUCCUCCAGUUAUGUGAGAGAAGGCUUGGGCAAGCUGCUAAAUCCCGACUUGGAGAUCGCUUUGCAAUUUUGCACGCAUCUGGUGUACGGCUACGCGGGCCUACGUGCGGACAACUACCAGGCGCACAGCCUCAACGAGAAUCUGGACAUUUACAAGCACCAGUACUCCGAGGUGACGUCCCUCAAGCGCAAGUAUCCCCAUCUCAAGGUGCUGCUGAGUGUGGGCGGUGAUCAUGACAUCGAUGUGGAGCAUCCCAACAAAUACAUUGAGCUACUGGAGGGCGAGAAGGUGCGACAGGUUGGCUUCAUUCAGUCGGCCUUUGCCCUGGUGAAGAACUAUGGAUUCGAUGGCCUGGAUUUAGCCUAUCAGUUCCCCAGGAACAAGCCGAGGAAGGUUCAUGGCGAUGUCGGUUCAGCCUGGAAGAGCAUUAAGAAACUCUUUACGGGUGACUUUAUCGUGGACCCACAGUCAGCUCUGCACAAGGAACAGUUUACGGCAUUUGUGCGCGACGUGAAGGACUCCCUGCGGCCCGAUGGCUUGCUGCUCAGUUUGACUGUCCUUCCCAAUGUUAACUCUACAUGGUACUUUGAUAUCCCCGCCUUAAAUGGUCUGGUGGACUUUGUGAACUUGGCCGCUUUCGAUUUCCUCACGCCCGCUCGUAAUCCCGAGGAGGCUGACUUCACCGGACCCAUCUACAAUCCAGAAUCAAAGGAUCGUCUGGCACACUACAAUGCCGACUUCCAGGUGAAUUACUGGCUCCAGCAGGGCUUCCCCUCAAGCAAACUCAAUCUGGGUGUGUCCACCUAUGGCAAUGCCUGGAAACUCACAGCCGAUUCGGGUCUGGAAGGAGUCCCAGUGGUGCCGCACACAGAUGGAGCAGCCAAGGAGGGUUCCCAGUCCCAGAAGCCCGGACUUCUGAGCUACGCCGAGAUCUGUGGCAAGCUGAGCAAUCCCCAGAACCAAUACCUCAAGGGUAACGAUGCGCCUCUGCGUCGUGUCACCGAUCCCACAAAACGCUUUGGCACCUACGCUUUCCGUCCUGUCGACGGAGCCGUCACCGAUGGCAUCUGGGUGAGCUAUGACGAUCCCGAUGGUGCCUCCAACAAGGCGGCAUAUGCCCGUGUGAAGAAUCUCGGAGGCGUGGCACUGUUCGAUCUGAGCUACGACGAUUUCCGUGGCCAGUGCACUGGCGACAAGUACCCAAUUCUGCGUGCCGUCAAAUAUCGAUUAGUCUACACGAUGAUGUGCUCCUCUCUGUGGCUCGGCCUGGGGCUGAGUGUGAUGCUCUUGGCUUCGUUUUCAUCGGUAAACGCAGCUCCUAAUCUGGUGUGCUUCUAUGACUCGCAGGGCUUCCAGCGUCAGGGCCUGGCACAAUUUACAAUGACGGAUGUGGAACUGGCACUGCAGUUUUGCACACACAUAGUCUACGGCUAUGCGGGUGUCAAUGCGGACAACUCUGAGCUGCAGAGCAUCAACAAGCGGCUGGACUACGAGCAGCGACACUUGGCCCAGAUAACGGCGCUUAAGGACCGCUAUCCGCACAUCAAGUUCCUGCUGAGUGUGGGCGGCGAUGCCGACCAGAACGAGGGUAAUCAAUACAUCAAGCUCUUGGAGUCUGGUCAGCAAGGUCACAGACGCUUCAUCGAGUCCGCGCGCGAUGUGGUGCGUCGCUUCAACUUUGAUGGCUUGGAUCUGGCCCUACAGCUCCCACGGAAUAAGCCACGCAAGGUGCACGGCGACGUGGGCUCGGCCUGGAAGAGCUUCAAAAAGUUCUUCACAGGCGAUUAUAUUGUGGAUGAAGACUCAGAGACGCACAAGGCACAGUUGACGGCUCUGAUUAAAGAUCUGAGCAGUGCCUUUAAAGACAAUAAUCUUCUGUUGAGUCUCACUGUUUUGCCCAAUGUCAACUCCAGCUGGUACUAUGAUGCCCCUGCCAUUGCACCCAGCUUGGACUUUAUCAAUCUGGGAACCUUUGAUUUCCUCACUCCUCAACGGAAUCCCGAAGAAGCCGACUUCUCAGCGCCUCUGUACGAGGCCUUUGGACAGAAUCGUCUGGGCCACUACAAUGUCAACUUUCAACUGGAACACUGGCUGCUGCAGCGCGUGCCCGCCAACAAGCUAAACAUCGGCAUUGCCACAUAUGGCAGGGCCUGGAAACUGAGCAGCGGCUCUGGGGACACGGGCAUGCCCGUGGUGACCGCCACAGAGGGCGCUGCACCAGCCGGACGUCAGAGCAAGAAGGAGGGAAUGCUGAACUGGGCCGAGAUCUGUCAACUGAUGCCGAAUCCCAGCAAUACGAAUGCCAAAGGAGCCGACGCUCCUGUGCGCCGCGUGCUCGACCCCACCAAGCGCUACGGCAGCUACGCCUUCCGUGCCGCCGACUCCAACGGCGAGCAUGGUCUGUGGAUCAGCUACGAUGAUCCCGAUUCGGCGUCCAGCAAGGCCUCGUAUGUGCGCUCCAAGAAUCUGGGCGGCGUGGCCUUGUUCGAUCUGACUCAGGAUGACUUCCGUGGCCAGUGCACCACCGAUCGCUUCCCCAUGCUGCGUGCCAUCAAGUAUCGCCUGCUCUAA